AUGCGGGACCUCGGUGCUCCCCACGAGUCCACCGCCCACGAGCCGUUGAUCGGCGGCCGCAGCUCGCGGGAGCUUCCAUCCCCGACCGCGUACGAAUACGACGAGGGCGACGACGACCACCACGCCGACGAUGUGGACGAGAGCAAGAUCGUCUCGCCAGGACUGUUCAUCUGGGCGCUGACAUUCGCCGCCGGCGUGAGCGGACUGCUGUUUGGCUACGACACCGGCGUCAUAUCCAGCACCCUCGUCAGCAUUGGGACGGACCUGUCCGGCCGCGCGUUGACCACGCUCGACAAGUCGCUCGUGACGUCGGCGACCAGCCUGUUCGCGCUGAUAGCCAGCCCGGUCACGGGCGUGCUGGCCGACGCGUGGGGCCGCAAGCGCGUCAUCCUCGUCGCCGAUGUGCUGUUCUUGGUCGGCUCGCUCGGCCAGGCCUGGGCGAGCACCGUGUGGGGCAUGAUUCUCGGGAGGAGCAUCGUGGGGCUGGCUGUGGGGAGCGCGAGCUUUGUCGUGCCUUUAUACAUCUCGGAACUGUCACCCUCCCCCUUCCGCGGCCGGCUGGUCACCGUCUCCAGCCUGUUCAUCACCGGCGGCCAAGUCGUCGCGUACAUCGUCGGCUGGCUCUUCUCCGCCACGCCGCACGGCUGGAAGUGGAUGGUCGGCCUGGGCGCGCUGCCCGCCGUCCUGCAAUUCCUCACCCUCGGCUUCAUGCCCGAGACGCCGCGCUGGCUGGUGAAAGCCAACCGCAAGGACGCCGCCCGCCGCGUGCUGCGCAAGGUGUACGGCGCCGACGACGCCGACGCCGACGGCACAGCAGACGUCGGCAAGGACAAGCUGGUCGAGGCCCUGCUGCGCCGCGUCGAGAAGGAGGUCCUGGAGGAGGAAGAAGCGGCCAGCUCGCGCCGCCACCACCACUAUAACAACGCCUCAAACACAUCAUCGCCCCCCAAACCCGGCACGCUCGCCGCCAAGCUCGCCGCCGCGCACGACAGCUUCGGCGAGCUCGUCGGCGUGGGCGCGCACCGCCGCGCCCUCGCCAUCGCGUGCAUGCUGCAGGCCUACCAGCAGCUGUGCGGCUUCAACUCGCUCAUGUACUUCUCCGCCACCAUCUUCGCCCUCGUCGGCUUCCGCUCCCCGACCCUGACGAGCCUGUCCAUCGCCGUCACCAACUUCGCCUUCACCCUCGUCGCGUUCCACUCGAUCGACCGCGUCGGCCGGAGGCGGAUCCUGCUGCUGAGCGUGCCCAUCAUGGUGCUGGGGCUGGGGCUGUGCAGCGUCGCGUUUGGGUUUUUGGACUUGCCCGAGGAGAGCGCGGAUGAUGCGGCGGCGGCGGGGGUGGUGGCAAAGGUGUUGAGGAGGGUGGUGGUGCGGGAUGGUGGUGAUGGUGAUGAUGCUGGCGCCGCGGGUCCGUGGGCCGUGGCGAUCUUGUUGGCCAUGGUCAUAUACGUCGCCAGCUACGCCGUGGGCAUGGGGAACGUGCCGUGGCAGCAGUCCGAACUCUUCCCCCUCUCCGUCCGCUCCCUCGGCUCCGCCGCCGCCACGGCCACCAACUGGGGCAGCAACUUCCUCGUCGGCCUCACCUUUUUGCCCAUGAUGGAGGCGCUGACGCCGGCCGGCACCUUCGCUUCGUACGCGCUCGUCUGCGCCGCGUGCUGGUACACCGUCUAUCGCAUCUACCCGGAGACGGCGGGCCUGGGGCUCGAGGACGUCGGGGGCCUGUUGGCGGACGGUUGGGGCGUGAGGGAGAGCUUGAGGAGGUGGGCCGAGAGGAAGAGGGUGAUGGGGAGGAUGGGGGAGUGA